AUUACUUCCAUGUUCCAAGCUAAUUAUUAAUUAGCUCUAACUUCUUCUCUCGAAACAAGAAAAACCAAAACUCAUACCGAAAUCACUCUCUCUAGAGCUCUCUUUUCUGUUAUUCAGUUUGUUUGUGAUCUGUUUGAGUGUGUAUUCUUGUUUCGGAUAAGCUUUUAUAGUCCGAGGUUUGGGGCGUCCGAGGUCGACUCUAUUACAUGCUUUCCAUUGCUCAUGUUUUAGGAGGUAGACAGGGAAACUCGGCUUUCGCGGCCUUGGGUAAAGGUGGAAAGAUGUUGCAGGACGUGGUUCAGCCACCGGAGCAGCUUCCCCUUGAUGAAAUUUUUGAUUUUAGUGACCUAGAGCUUUUCCCUGAUCAGAACUUGCAGAAUUCUGAGGGUACUUCUAGCUCCAACUGUUGUUAUGAAGAAAACUCCUAUACCACAAAUCUUUCCUUACCUCCAGAUAUAGACACUAACUUGAACGGCUACCAAGAUAAUAAUAGCAAUUCUAACACAACGUACAACCCUGCCCCCGCAACCACCAACAACAGCACUGCCCCCACAGCCACCACCUCAAACAUUACUGCCAACAACAGUAGCAAUCUGUCUAUAAUCUUUGGUUCCCAGGAGGAAAUUGACAAUGAUAUAUCUGCUUCCAUAGACUUUUCUCCAUCCCCUCCCUUCUCUGUUCCACCGUAUCUUACAAUCCAACAUGAUCAAUUUGAUUUCUCUUCAGUGCAGCCUCAAAUUCCUUUAUCAGAUGCUGUUGUUGAGGGGUUCUCACAGUAUCCUGUUGACCCAGUUGCACCUCUUAUGGGGGCUUCCUUACCAGCCGUUUACAAAGAGGAUUGUUUGUCCUCAGUGCCAUCUUAUGUGUCUUUGAACCCUUCAUCUCCUUCUUGUUCUUUUCUUGGCCCUGCUUUGGGAACAUACAUGCCUGCAGGGGCCAUGAAUGCUGCAGCAUUAUCUGCUGAUAGCUCUGGGAUUUUCGGUGGAACCAUUCUUAUGGGUUCUGACCUGCAACCACAAGAAUUGGAUUAUCAAGGAGACAACGGUGGAAUUUACUAUUCAGAUUCCAUGCAGCGUGUUUUCAACUCUGGAGACCUUCAGGCACUUACUACUGAGAGUCAGCAACUCGUGGGGAAGGCUGGGAGUUCUACUCCAUUAGCAUCGGAGAUUUCAAGUCUGGAAGACUCAACUUACAAAGUAGGAAAACUCUCUGUCGAACAGAGGAAAGAGAAGAUCCAUAGGUACCUGAAGAAGAGGAAUGAGAGGAACUUCAGCAAGAAAAUAAAGUAUGCCUGCCGCAAAACACUAGCAGACAGCCGACCCCGAGUCAGAGGAAGAUUUGCAAAGAAUGAUGACUUUGGAGAGGCCCAUAGGCCUGCUUGUAGCAAUCAUGAAGAGGAUGACGAGGAUGAAGUAGUUGUGAAAGAAGAAGAUGAUCUAGUUGAUUCUUCAGAUAUCUUUUCUCAUAUUAGUGGAGUGAACUCCUUUAAAUGCAGCUAUCCAAUACAAUCCUGGAUCUGACAAAGGUUCUGGGACAUCAAAUAUUACUGCAAUUUUGGGGGACCCUAUUUUGGCCAGGAUGUAUGUAUCUAUCCGGGUUUAUUAUACAAAACAAAACAAAAAGUGAAUAAUUGGGUCAUUAUUUAUAUUAGGUAAUGGAGUCAGCAUCAUGUAGUGAGUAAAUAACAUUAUAAUUUUUGUCUACUUUUGUACACACUUCAAAAAUCCAAAAGUUGUGCA